AUAAUAAAAUUAAAUUUACAGUGGCCUAUAGUGGUAGUACCUCUUCUAGUACAUAAUGUAAAUCAACAUAGCGGUAUAAUUUAUCAAAUUACAUGCGAAGUUAAAUGGCGUAAAAAAAGUGGAGAAGAAGUAAUAGCAGCAGGAGGUCGUUACGAUAAAAUGCUCUCUUCUUUUAAAAAAAUUCUUGAACGUACUGGAAUGGCUAGUAAAGUUAAACAAUAUGGCGCCGGAAUUAGUAUCUCAUUAGAAAAACUAGUUUCUGCAGUUUCAGAAACCUCGGAAUCUGUAGAAUGUAAAUAUGGAAUCGACGUUGCUAUUUCUUGUAUGGACAAUCAUCAUCGCGGAAAAGAGAUGAUUAAUCUUUUAAAAGAAUUAUGGAAUCUUGGACUUAAAGUUACAAUUUUAGAUUUGAUUUCCCUUGAAGAAAUUCUUGAAUAUUGUCGAGAAAAUUCUAUCAAUCAUGUCAUUUUUUUAAAAAGUGGAGAAAAAGGAAGUGUGAGAAUUCAAAGUUGGGAACGUGAUAGAUUUCAAGAAAAAAAAAUGAGCAAUCAAGAAAUUGGAGAGUUUUUUCAAAGAUUAGAUAAUUCUGUACCCAUCUUAAAUAGAUCUGAAAGCAAAACUGCAGCAAGUGAUAAUUUUUUAAGUAAUAACAAUCCAGUUAAUGUUAAUAUUAAUUUUAUUUUAUCAGAAAGAGAUAAACUUUCUGGUAGUUCAAGAAGAAGUUUGAAAAAUUCUAUGAUUGCACAGAUGUCUACGUAUUUUCAGAGAAUUUCACAUAAAAUUCCUAUUGAAAUAUUUGCAGUGUUUUUAGAAAUGAGUGUUGUAAGAAUAAUAAUAAGUUUCUUAGAGAUUGAUGAAGAAGAUCAAAAUUUUUUAAAAAGUAUACAAGUUAUUAUAGACAAACAUCCAAGACAUAAAAAGUAUAUAAAGGAGAUAUGUGAAGAAAUGCAAGAAGUGAGAAAAGAAAAACAACGACCCGUAUUAAUACUGUACAGUUUAAUCGAUAAUCAAUAUAUGACUCUUUUAUAAAUAAGUUUUUUUUUUACAAAAGGUUCAUAAUAGAAGAUACAGAAUUCACAAAAGCAAAAAUAUAUAACAAAUGUUAUUAAGUGAUUCAUAAUAAAAUAAUUUACUUUUG